CUUAGCGGUGCUGAGGGGAGAAGGGGAAGAAGAGGGCUGAGGGGGGUCCUGUGAGGAAAUGGAGGGACUCUCCGAGGGCUCCGCCGAGGAAAGCGCGCUGUCUCUCUGCACCGUCAAGCACGAGCUGAGGAACGCAAACUUGACAGGCCAUUUAGAGAAGGUUGGCAUUGAGAACUUUGAACUCCUGAAAGUUCUUGGAACAGGAGCUUAUGGAAAGGUAUUUCUGGUGAGGAAAAUAAGUGGCCAUGAUGCUGGCAAAUUAUAUGCCAUGAAGGUAUUGAAAAAGGCAACAAUAAUUCAAAAAGCCAAAACAACAGAGCAUACCAAGACAGAACGUCAAGUACUAGAACACAUUCGACAAUCUCCAUUUUUGGUCACUUUGCAUUAUGCUUUCCAGACAGACACAAAGCUUCAUCUCAUUCUAGAUUACAUAAAUGGAGGAGAACUCUUUACUCAUCUUUCACAAAGAGAGAGAUUCACAGAAGAUGAAGUACGGAUAUACAUUGGUGAGAUUGUAUUAGCACUUGAACACCUACACAAGUUGGGAAUUAUCUAUCGUGACAUAAAGCUUGAGAAUAUUCUUCUUGAUUCUGAUGGUCAUGUGGUGCUGACUGAUUUUGGCUUGAGUAAGGAAUUUGUUAGUGAUGAAAAUGAGAGAGCAUAUUCCUUCUGUGGAACUAUAGAAUACAUGGCUCCAGAUAUUGUCAAAGGAGGGGAGGCAGGACAUGAUAAAGCUGUUGAUUGGUGGAGUCUAGGUGUUCUUAUGUAUGAAUUAUUAACUGGAGCAUCACCUUUUACAGUUGAUGGAGAGAGAAAUUCACAAGCUGAAAUAUCUAGGAGAAUAUUAAAAAGUGAACCUCCUUAUCCUCAAGAAAUGACUGCUUUAGCUAAAGAUAUAAUUCAGUGUCUUCUGAUGAAAGAUCCAAAGAAAAGGCUGGGCUGUGGUUCAGGUGGUGCUGAUGAGAUCAAGCAACAUCCAUUCUUUCAGAAAAUAAACUGGAAUGACCUGGCAGCCAAAAAAGUGUCCGCUCCAUUUAAACCAGUAAUUCGUGAUGAAUUGGAUGUUAGUAAUUUUGCAGAAGAGUUUACAGAAAUGGACCCAACAUACUCUCCAGCAACCACCCCACAAGCUGCAGACAAGCUUUUCCAGGGAUAUUCCUUUGUUGCUCCUUCUAUCUUAUUUAAGCGGAAUGCAGCCACUAUGGAUCCUGCUCUCUUUUUGACAGAAAUUGACCGACCUGGAGUUACAAGUAUUGCUAGAAGUGCUAUGAUGAAGGACUCUCCGUUUUAUCUUCACUAUGAACUUGACCUGAAAGAAAAACCACUGGGAGAAGGAAGUUUUUCUAUCUGUCGAAAGUGCUUGCACAAGAAAACUAGCCAAGAAUAUGCAGUAAAAAUAAUUAGUAAAAGGCUAGAAGCCAACACCCAGAGAGAAAUAACAGCUUUAAAACUCUGUGAAGGGCAUCCCAAUGUUGUGAAGCUGCAUGAAGUUUAUCAUGAUCAGCUCCAUACAUUUCUAGUAAUGGAACUGCUGAAAGGAGGAGAAUUACUUGAACGCAUCCAGCAAAAGAAACACUUCAGUGAAACUGAAGCUAGUUAUAUCAUGCGCAGGCUUGUUUCAGCUGUGAGUCAUAUGCAUGAUGUUGGAGUGGUCCACAGAGACUUAAAACCUGAGAACUUAUUAUUCACAGAUGAAAGUGACAAUUCAGAAAUAAAAAUAAUUGAUUUUGGAUUUGCGCGUCUAAAGCCACCUGACAAUCAGCCCCUUAAGACACCAUGUUUUACCCUUCAUUAUGCUGCUCCAGAGCUCUUAAAUCAUAAUGGUUAUGAUGAAUCAUGUGAUCUCUGGAGUUUGGGAGUCAUUUUGUUUACAAUGCUCUCAGGACAAGUACCCUUCCAGACUCAAAAUAAAAAUAUAACAUGCACAAAUGCAUUGGAAAUUAUGAAGAAAAUUAAAAGAGGAGAGUUUUCUUUUGAAGGAGAUGCUUGGAAAAAUGUUUCUCAGGAAGCCAAAGAUUUGAUACAAGGACUCCUUACAGUGGAUCCAAAUAAGAGAAUUAAAAUGACCAGCUUGAGAUACAACGAAUGGCUUCAAGAUGGGAGCCAACUAUCAUCCAACCCGUUAAUGACUCCAGACAAUUUAGGAUCUUCAGGAGCUGCUGUACACAGUUAUGUCAAAGCAACCUUUAAUGCCUUUAACAAGUACAAAAGGGAAGGAUUUUGCCUCCAGAAUGUUGACAAGGCACCUCUUGCGAAAAGAAGAAAGAUGAAAAAGACGAGCACAAGUACAGAGACUCGCAGUAGUUCCAGUGAAAGUUCUCAUUCUUCUUCUUCUCAUUCUUACGGUAAAACUACCCCUACAAAGACACUGCAGCCAACAAAUCUCACAGACAGCAAUAAUCCAGAGAGUAUCUUCCAGUUCUCUGACUGAAAAAUACAGUAAAUUUGCUCUUGAGAAGAUUAAUUAAAUUGUUAUAAACUUGCAGACAUAUGUGUUCCUUUGAACACUACAAAGUUUAUCAUUUUUAAUAACUCCUGUAUUGGGCACACAUUUUUACAGACUUUGCUUUCUAAUUUUCUGGGUCAGUCCUGGUAUACAAUAGGACAUUUUAAAAUGCCACUAUGACUAUAGCCAGAAUCAAAGUUGAAAAUAGUGUGUUAAGAAGGUGUUUUCAUAGAAAACAUUUUGGUAAGUCAUCUCCAAAUGAUUGUUUUUAUGCUAUUCAUAAACAUAGGCUGUUGUCUAAUGAAAAGACAUUGCACACGCAAACAUGGCUUGCCCUUUGCCAGUGAAGAAGUUCUAUAAAUCCCCAGAAUGGCAGCCCUUGGUGCAUGCAGACUUCAUACUAAUGGUUUCCUUUCUUUGAAAAUGUCUAGACGUUAGCAAGAUGACAAAAUGAGGUGAUCAAUGUUGAGACAUUUGGCAGGAUCAAAAGAUAGCUAUAUCCGUAUAUGCAGAAGCCAUUUUCCAUGUGCAGGAAGCCUUGCACAAGGAAAAUUAAGCCACAUCCAAAGACCUUCAGCAUGUGAAAUGGAUGCAUCAAUCCUUCUUCAAGACAUAUGCAACAAUUUAACUAGUGCAAGGGCUGGUAUUCAGAACUGUAUGAUUUUAUCUUCUAUUCCAGGUUUUGGCUAUUUUCUUUUUUCUAGUUUGGAAACCUGUUGGGGUUUCUAAUAGCUUCAUAAAAUUAUUUGCUUGCUAUUUCUUAAGCAUUAAAUGCGUAAAGGUUUUCUGAAAAAAUAUUUAUAUUUAUCUUAAUACAUGUAUGCUUUUAAAUUAGUUUCUCUUAAGUGAGAAGUCUAUAUUCCUGUUACCAUGUGGGUCCAAAAGCUAAGCAUGCUGUGAUUUAUAAAACCUUUGACAGUUUGCUGUCUAGUUGUAGUGUUAAAGUAUUUGCAUGUUUUGGAACAUCUGUAACUGCAUUUAAUGAGUAACUGAACAAUGCAAUGAGUACUUCUUGGAGCUGCUGUGUAGUCUGUAAUAACUUCUGUAAGAAUUAUGAUCUUAUUGUACCAUUCAGCUGUUCAAUAUUAAGCUUUUGUUCUCUUGCCACUCCUUCAAUGCAUACAUGCAAUAGUUUUCAGAUGUUGCCCCCUUUCAUGAUGGGGUACAUUUAACUUUAAACCAUUAAUGCACUGAGAAAACUAAAGGAAUAUUUUAUCAAGCACUGUGCUUCACAUCUAUACACUGUGUUUUCUACAGUUAGAUAUUUCCUUUUGUAGUUGUAUUAUAAUUGGGAUAAUAAAUGUGACUCUUACUGAUGCAUUUAAAUAGUAAUAUCUUCAAUUGUAAUGCAUAAUUUGUCAAUAUAUGCAGAUCACUCCUGCAGCUCAUGUGCUCCAGUGUUGCAAAAAGUAAUUGAAUAGUCUUGUUAUGAAUUAAGUGAGGCAAUUUGUAUAAAGUUAAAGUUCAUACAUAGAUGUUUGUGCUAUUGGAGUCCAACACAGAUUUUAAGAACACCUUGCUGCAUUGUAGAAUAAACUAAACCCAAAUCCUAUGCAAAAGAAAAUAGGAACUGUUUUCUAUAAAUCACUUGUUUACAUCAUUACAUCUGCUAUCAAUGUUUGACAAAUGUAGUGCAGAUUUGUCUAUGGAAAUCCUGGAAAGAGCAUGUUUUUCUAUAUUGACAAUAUUUUUAGCAGGAACAAUUGGUCUAGGAAGUUUUCUGUUUGAUUCACUAGUUCUUAGCAUUGUCAUCUAGUUUUCAUUUAGAGGGAAAGUAUGAUCCCAGCUCUUGUUGUGAAAGCGAUCUUGAGCAUGUAGUGACAGAAACUAAAAGGCCUGUAAUCAGAUACCAGGUAUGUGGUGUGAUUUUAUACAUGUUUACUUAGAAAUAAACCCACUGAGUUUGAUUAAGUUUACUGCUAUUAAAAAUGCACAAGAUCCCAACCUUAAUUGUUUAAACAUUUGGGGUGGCUAAUAUGAGUUAGAGCACAAUCCUGUGACCACUCCGUGACAGCCAUGGGAGACUUCAGAAAGCAGCCAUCUAAGGUUUGCAGAGCAGUGAAAGCACAGAGGCAAAUCACCUCUGCUUUGCUUCCACCUACACAGGAUGCCCACAGUCUUCCUAAUUCAGUAGGUUAUGGGCAGGCACAUUGGAUUGCACUGUAAUUAAUUUUAAAUGCUAAUUUGAGCUUUUUAACCAUGAGAUUUAAAAAAAAUCUAAGGGAUAUACAGCCUAGAAUGAACACAGCUUCUACACCACAUGUGCCUUGGCUUCCAUACUGUGUUCAGGUACUUAAAUUAUGCCUGCAAUCUAUGUGUGUAACUGUGGACAGGAUAGAAGCUUGCAUGAAUUACUUCUUUUAAAAGGCAGAUCAGCUGAAAAUACUUUAGAUGUGCUACAUUGUGGCCCUGGUGCUGAAGAAUUGGCACACCUUUAAAUCUGAGGGUUUCACUAUUUAGCAAUACAAAUUACUUAGCCUACAAUCCUGUGCACACACACUUAGGAGUAAGUCUUGUGGAGCUCAAUGGGAUUUACUUCUGACUAAUUAUGCAUAGAAUUCCACUAUAAAUUUAAUACUUUGGCAUAAAUUCCAACACAUUUUCUAAGCUGAUGGAAAGAUUAAGGAUUGUACUAUCUUGUUCUUUCCAAUCCUGUAUGAUGCUAGCACAAACAACAUAAGGUAACUUAGUUAAAAUAUACACUACUACAUCAAGAUUUAAUUUAGAUUCAUUGUUUUAUUUGCAAAUAUGACCUAUAUCUGGGCAGUCCCAUUUUUUAUACCUUGAGGGCCUCAUGAGGAGUUCCACACAGAACCUGUGGGGUGCACAAUGAAUUCCACUGAAUGAAAAAAAAAAACAGUUUGUGGGCCUGUGAUCUCUGCAGAUCACAGGUAGCUCCUUCUCCAGCCACAGCCCAAGCACAAUGACUGGUCCUUUGGGAUGGCCCAUCCCUUUCUUCCCUGUUUCUUCUGCCCAGAAACCCUCCCAUGUGACCCCUUGUGACCUAUAUAAUGAAAUGCUUUUCCUCUAAUGAAAAGAGUGAAAUUUUUCCUCUAAUAAAUUUGUCAUGAUUUUGCAAAUAGCGCUAACAAGCAGAUACAUUAGUGUUAAGUAACUGCAAGAGAUGUCUUGCCAUCUUUAUUUCAUUUCACUACAAAGUUUGGUUAAGUAUUUUUUUUUACUAUUUCAGUAAUUUAAGGUGCAGUCCUACACAUAUUUAGACAGAAAGAGUCUACAAUGCCCUAGUCAGCUGUGCUGAGACAUGCUAGAGUUUUAGAACUUUUUCCCCCUUACUAAGCUUGCAUAGGAUUAAGUCCUUAGAUGACUAAAUAACACUGUAAUGGACAAUGCUUUACAUUCAUAUGUAGUUUCACCUAUAGUCUUUUUAAAAUCUAGUCCCUUUGGGAGAAAUCCAAAUAAGUGGUAUUUUAUGUUAAGAAAAACUUCAUUAAUAUUUGUUAGAACUUAAUAAAAUGCAGAUAAUAAAGUAAUAUUUCUCAGGAAAAGGGAGAGUUUGUUUAUAUUUGCAUGGUCCUCUUGCAUAGGCAGCUAUUGUGAAAGCUCACUGAGCUUUUUUGUACUACUGGGGAAUAGAAUGAAUGCAGAGUACAACUUACAUUAUUAAUAUGGUUUUAUUCAAAAAAAUCUUGUGAUUUCUAAAUAUUGAAUAUGCACAACAUGUAAUUUUGUCUGUCACCUUUAAUGCAGCUAUAAUAUGAUAGCUAGAGAAACUGGUACAGUAAUACAUGGAAAUUAACUGGAACAGAUACAGUUAUUUUACAAGUGCUUUUAUGGUAGUGUAACUUGUUGCUCAGAAUCAGUUUCAUUUAUUAAAACAUGUUUUCUGUUGAUAGAGUGAAUAGUAUAAGAAUGAGAGAGUCUAGUUUCUAAUCACUUUAACCUGUUGUUUGGUGCUCUGUCCUGCUGGCAUCAGGACAGGACAGCAGGAGAUGCUGACUGUUGUUUCUUGUCCACAGUAUGGCACUACCUGGGACAAGGCUGUUGUUAACCCUUUUCUACGGCAUGCUAAUUGUUAACUGAAUGAUCUAGAGAACAAGUAUAUUUUAUGCAAACUUGUUUUGGUGAUUUUUAGCCUUGUCAUUCGAGUAAAACUUGGAUGCCUUUGUUAGGAAUUGGAUGCUGUUUCUGAUACCACAGUGCUGUUUGUCUCACCAUAAGCUAAAUGACUUUAUAGACUAAAAUGUUGGUUUUCAAAAUGCAUUUAUAUUAUGAUAUUUUAGGGCCAGAAAAGACACAAAGAUCAGUUAUUGCAGUGCUCCGUACUAAAUUAGGAGCCUUCCAUCUUCAGUAAUAGUUUGUUAGAUUAUGAUGGAGUUGGGAAGAGAUGGGGCAAGAUGUAUACCAUGCAUUGGAUCCAGACUUACUCCUACUUAUAAAGUGGAGCUAUGUUAGUCAUGACUGAUUUAAGUCUCAUCGUACAUGUGAUCUUAUGUAUGACUUGGUCUGGAUCUAACCUGAUGCCUGUUUUACAUCUAAAGUAAUUAGUCUAAUCAAAUCAAAGCACAUAAUUAAAGAAGCUGCUAGAUUCUGGCACAUCAUUCUUUCACUUUUGGGAAAAAAUAUCUUUUGGUAAAAUAUCAUGAUCUGAGUGCACAUAGUAACAAAGUAAUUUAAAUAAGCCAAAAGAUGAUGUAAUGAAAAUCCCAAAAUUUAGCAUUUGCUAUGAUUAAUGAAAUUACUUCUACCAAAAUAAGGAUAUAUAUAUCCAUCCAGAUAUCUUGCUAAAUAUAUCAUUUCCUUGAAUUUGUUUCUUUCAAUAGCCACAAAGGUGCUAAUACUGUUGCACUGUGAUAUGUAACAGCCUCGUUAAAAUAGUUGAGUGCUGAAACUGUUAUUCUAAAUUGCUUUUUCCCCUUUGUAAUUUAUAUUCCUAGUUUUUAUAAAUGGGUACCCCAAUCCUAAUGUUGCUUGAACAUUAACUUCAAUUUAACCAAAACCAGUGGGUUUUAUUUAUAUAGGAAACUGCCUUAUAUUGAAGGCAGUUAUAUAUCUGCCUUAUAUAUCUAGUCCAGUCCUGUCUACUCUAUUCUGAUGGGCAGCAACUCUUGAAGAUAUGAAGCAGCUGUCCCCAGCCUGUUAUCCUCCAUAUAAUUUGUACUUCAGCUCUUAUCAGCUCCACACAGCAUGGUAAAUUGUCAGGAAUGCUGAAAGUUGUAGUCAAAAGCAUCUGGAGGGUACCAUGGUUGUCUGAUGUUAAUUCUGCUUAUACUAGGCCUGCUAAAAUGAAUGAGUCUUAAGUAGUGACUAAUUUAAAUCUCAUUCGUUUUAAUGAGAAUAUAUUAAGAAGGACUAACAUUGACUACAUUAUGAGGUGUUGCAGUGGUUAGAGUGUUAGACUGAGCAUCAGAAAAUCUGGGUUCCUGUCCCCACUUGACCACGAAUCACACUGGGUGACUUUGGGUGGUUACUGACUCUCAGCCUAUCUUACCUAACAGAUCUGUUGUGAGGAUAAAAUGGAGAGGAGGAGAACCUUGUAAAUUGCUUUGGGUUCCUUCCAAGAAGAAAAAAGACAGGAUAUAAAGGUAAUAUAUAUCCCCAGGUUGAAGAAGGCUGAUCUAUGGGAAAGAGCUUUCCCAGAUCUGCUAUUUGGAAUGCUUUUAAUUUGUUUAAAGACCUUCUCUUUCUAAAGAAUGCGGAGUUUGAUUUAACCAUCAGCAAAUUGGUCGAUACUAAUGUGUAACAUUUUGCCACAGAGUAAUAGCUUUAAGCAUUCUUGAGAUAUUUUAAGAAUUGAUGUAUUAUCAAAAUAUAAGUAUACAUUUACAAUCUUAUGGAUGUUAAAUAUGUACAGUGAUUAGGCAUUGAAAGUUAUAUCAUGUAAUUUUAAUAAAAUAUUUUUAAAAAUUGAAUGCACUAGAUUAAAUGCUCAUGAAGAACUCAAAUAUAAAAUAUUUGUAAACAUUUUAUAAGUAGCAAUGUGUGAUUGCAUAUGCUAUUGCAAUUUUAUGCAAAAAGUAGGAAAUGAACUUUGUAGAUGUAGGUAUGAAAUGUAAGGUAACGUAUUUAAUAUUCAUUGAUAUGUUUUUAGAAAUUUAGUAAACUGCAUGUUUUAAAGUGCUCACUUUAUGUUCUCAAAUCUAAGAAAUCCUGGUAAUUUAUCUUGACUGAUUUCAUUUAUAUAAUUUUCUUCUUAUAAAAGCCACUUCUUUUUACAAUGGCUGAAUGACACAUUCCAUAUCCUCUGUGCUGCCUCUCUCUGUGAUACCUUGUGCUUGGCCACCAUCAUGACAUAGCAUUUAUUUAAGAAGCAGGGAAUGGCCUCUGUGCAUCCAAGUGAUAAUUUCAAGGCUCUGGUUGUUAUGUCUAUAUUAAGCAGAAGUGGCCUGUGCUUUUCUAGCAAGUAUCUACAUACCUAUUCUCUUUUGUGUAAAGUUUUAUGAGGCUGUGGAGUGGAUUGAAUUGCUAGUUAGUUAGACAAAAAGGGAUAUUCAGGGGAUCCCUGAUUGGCCUUGGAAUCUUUUCACUUUUCAUAGUAAUUGCAUUAAUGUCAUACAAUGACUUGUUUAUCUUUCAUUGUCACAAUUUGGGAUUUUGUGGCAGACAUGGUCUUAGGAAUAGUUGAAAUAAAGAGGCUGGCACACCUGCAAAAUGCACUGGUUCCAGAAACCUCAAGUGUGUUAAGAUGCUAAAUUGGAUCGAAGGACUAUGAAGACAUGCCUUUUACCAGUAGCCCUUUAGAUGCUAUUAGAUUUCAUCAUCCCUGACCAUGGUCCAUGCUGACAAUGGUGAUGGAAGCUUGCCCAGUAGCAUCUGGAGAACCACAGGCUGCCCACUUCUGCAGUAUGGGUAGUCUAAAGGCUGCAGUCAUCCACUUAAUCAGCCUCUGUCUCACCCUUUUAUUUUGCAGUAUACUACCCAACAGCCCUGCUGAGUGUAGAGAAUCCCUGUAAUGCAAUUGCUUGCUUUAUUAGAUAGUUCCUGUAAUACCUUAUGGCUUAUGCUCAUCCUAGUUUAGUGACAUUCUGUCCCAGCCACUUUUCAAAUGCAAAACUAUUUUAUCUUGUGCUCUAAUGAAGAAGAAUAGCACCAUUCUCAAGAAGUAACUAGGUGUGCAAUCUUAUGCAUGUUUAAGCACAAAAAUGGCCUUGCAUGCUAUCUGGGGAUUGUUGGGACUUUUUUCUUUCUUUCUAAAUGUAUGCCCCCAAAAUAAUGAAGGGGGCUGUGUUCUGCCAAAAGUUGUAAUGAGUCAUUCCCCCAAACUAUAAUUUCAGUUUCUUAAAUUAUGUUCAGUUUUCAGUAGGAUUUUAACUAGGGCACUGUAUACUGAGUUGUGUUGAUAAAACUAGCAACUAAGAAAGGUUUGAGUACAAUGCAGUGAUGAAGGUCAGAGGUUACAUAAGCAUACAUUUAAGCAUAAGUUUAAGCAUAAGCAUAAGCAUAAGUUUAUUCUAGUUUUAACAAGAUUAUUAUAGAAGAAAACUGAACAUUUAUAAUACUGUACACUGGAAGAAAUCUGACUUAAAGAAAUAGUAGUGAAAACUAUCUUACAGAGAAAAUGUGUUGCUUGGUUGAACCAGAGUAUUUUCCUCACACUUAAAAUACAUCAGCUUAAAUAACUGAAAAUAACUGAAAGAAAUAAAUGAAAGAAGAGCAUAGGAAAAUGCUUGUUAUUUUGUACUUUCCAGAUGAUUAAAACCUGAUGGUUCACUUUAGUGCUAAACUGGUACUGGCCUGACUCUAGAAUUGCUUAUAUGAUAUCUCAUCCUCACAUAAUAGGGUGUGGGUGCAAUGGCCUUGCUGAAGGAGAAAUAGUCUUGCUGUGAAUGGAAAGAUAAGCUGCUGCUGUGGCAUUAUUUUUAAACAUUAUUUAGGUGGGGAAAGAAAGCAUGGCAAAUAAAAUACACUGUUUUCAUUUUUAGACAUCCAGCCAAUUUGUUUUACAAAUGCUAUGUGCGUCCUUAGAAUUAAGUUCCUAAUAAAGGCAGGAUUGAUGGGGUGUGGGUAUCACGUUAGCAGUAUCCAUUUGGUGCUUGUGACAUCUGUAAAGUCCCAUUCUUCAGCAUAUUUCCAGCGAAAAGGGAAACACUCACUAGGGAAAUGAUUGCAUUUUCUAGGGAAAAUACGGUAAUGUAAGUGCUGGAAAAAUGUAUUAUCCCUGUAAUGAAAGUCCCCCCAUAAGAGAUGAAAACUGUUCCAAGUAACCUCUACAUCAGGGUUUUUGAUGUCUAGAAUUUAACCUAAAAUGGGAUUCUGUGACCAAUGUUUAAAGAACCAGUUGAUAUGUUUGGUUAAUUGGUGUUUCCUAUUGCAAAUGCUUUGAACUUAUGUAAACAAGCAUAUAUUUGGUAAAUCAAAGGAAUAAUUUUACAGAUAGAUUCAAUAGGAGAGUCUUGGCCUCUUAGAAUAUAUUUCAUUUUUAAGAAAUGUUAAGCUAGUACUUUUCUUGUGCAAAUCUAAUUCUGUGAUUUUGCAAGUAUAAUUGAAAAUAAUUUUAUAAUUUUGAGCACAACUAUGUUGAUACUUCUGAAUAUAAACAUUCUUUCUCUGUAUUUUAAGAGUUUCUCAGAACUCUUCUUUCUUUUAUCAAUUUCCUUUUUCUCUUUAGAGGGUUUUUAGCUUUUUAUUACUAAGAAGACUUAGAUAUAGCUCCGGAAUAGUACUUACUGAUUGCCGCAACAUUAGCUGGAGGACACUUCCCUCCAAACGUCUUUUAUGAAUUAAUAUUGUAUUUUUUUCCAAAGUUCUAGCAGCUAAAUAUAAAUAUAUGAUAUAUACUAGGUGUAAUAUGUAGCCUAAAUCCACAAGACAUUCCCUGGUGUAUUAUGGUAAACAUAAUGCAACAGUGUAAGAUAGCCUUAGUUCUAACAGAUAUACAGGUUUUGUACAUGAAUUAUCUUACAUCCUGUUAUGCAGUGUUAGAGUUAGUUCCAAAAUGAGAGAAUUACAUGACUCCCAAACUCUGUUGAGAUGGAAAUCAAUGUGGGUUCUUCCACACUUGUCAAGUGACUGCAGUAUGUGCCUUCCAUAGCAGACUGACUUGAUGAGAAGCGUAUGAGGGAAUUUGCCACUGUACAGAUCUAUUGUUAAGGGGCCAAGCCUGAAACAACUAAAAGAGCCUCCAUUCUGAAGUCUUUAGCAAAAACGACUUCCUACUGGGAGGCAAGAGAGAGUAAUUGAACUGGUGGCACAUUCUGCCCCAACCUGACAGGUGAGUAGCAUGCAUAGAUCUUUGCUGUACGCCUGUCUUGAACCCAGAGAUGCAACCAGCCUAUUUCAAUGAAAUAAUGCAUUAAAAUAUGAAUUAGGUAUUGUUAGGAUGUUUUUUUUCAUAAGCAGUUUUGUCACAUUGAGUAUAAAAACAGCUUUCAUGUGACUUGGACUGAGUUUAUAAUCAGGAUUUCCCUCUUUGUUGCUGGGCUCUUUUAUCAAUCUGCUGGGCUUAUGCAAUUAUAUUACUGUUCUUUAUCAUCAAAACAGAGGUGCAUAUGGUAAUUUGGCAGGUGCAUUUUACUAGCCUUCUGCAAGCUUUUUAAAUUGAGACUUGAUUUAUCCUAGAUAUGGGCAACUGUGAAUACAAUUGAUAUAUGUGGGUACAUUAUGGAAACAUAGAAAAAGGCAGGAAAUAGCACAAGGUGCAUUUAAGUACUGAGAGAGUUGGAAACUGUUGACAGGAUUUCAUUGUGAGGUUCAUCCAUUUGUUUUGCUUAAGGAACUAUUUUUAAACAUUUAAUUGUAGAUAAGUAUGGUGUUUAUUGUGAAAAUGACAAACUUACUUGUUUUGUAUACUUCAGCACGCUUGACUGAUAUUUUUAAAGUGUAUUUCCUUUGUAUGUUAUCUCUUUCUAUUUGUGGAGUUCUUAAUAUAUAACAUUUCGGGAAAUAUAGUAGAAGCUAAUCUGGCCAUAAAAUAUCAUUUCUUAAAUAUGCAAACUUUAUACCAUGACAGCAUUUUAAUUAUUAAUUUACUGGUUCUUACUGGGUAUAUAAAAAGGUUUUCUUUUAAUGCAAAUCUAAUAUAUACAAUAAAAGCUUUUAUUCAAACAUCUUCCCGAAGUGUAAUAUUUAUAUGGUUUAUAUGAAAACAGUAAUAGAUUGCUUCAUUCUAGCUGGGCUAGAACUUAAAUGUUAACUUAUUGUGUAAUGUGGAACAUAGGCUUCUUUAGAAUUAUUUUGAUGAAAGAAAAAAUACCGGUGUAUUUCCCUCAAUCCCUUCAACUGUGCGUGUAAAAUAUAACAUGCACACACAAGUACUUAAGUAUCAUAUAUGAACUGCAUAAUAUUUUGAAUGCUUUAUUGUUACAGUUGUCACUACCCUUUACUAUUUCCCCAAGUACAAAAAUCAAGGAAUUUUAUAUUAUUUUGUAUCAGCAUUGUUAACAUUGGCAAGUAUUUGUGUAAACUUUAAUGAAGAUGCAUGCUUUUUACACGUCUUUUAAUUUGCUCGCUCUUGACCAUUCCUGAAUGAGUUGUAUCAACUUCUGAAAGAAGCAACUUCAAAUUUGCAUUUGUUGAAAAAGUAUAUUAUCUUAAGUCUUAAGCUGAAAUGUUUGAUGUGUGGAUUUAAAUUUUACAAGCACUAAGGGCUUACAUCGUGUAUAUGUUCUGAUAUAUUUGUUCUACCCUCAACAAAUAAACUUGUCUUGUGUAGAAAACA